AUGGUCAUUCCUCAUCUGAAUCAACACUGCAGGGGUCCUAUGCUCAGUGUUCAAACGAGUCUUCAGGUGUUUCCAGCAGCUCAAGAUGUCACCCAUGGCGUGUUGCUGGGGAUGCUUGGUACCCUCAGACCAAGUUGGGCCCGAUUUUCCGAAGCACUGGCAGGCCCUGUGCGCACUAGUACCCCCAAAGCAUUCGCACGACGGUCUCUUCGACUAUCACUAGUAUCCACCGUGCUUUGCAAAGGGCUGUCUUCCUUACUUCCGCACUUUUCAACAAAGAUUAGGGACUCAGAGGCACAACCGCUCGACCAGGAUCUGAAUGUUUUUGUGGAGGAGAAAUCUACCCUUACCCUCCACCUCCGGGACAUACCCACUAGCGAUCUCGAAGCACCUGCUAUCAAGUGGCUGCUUGAGACAUCCACGUAUCUCGAAGUAGUUCUCGCUCCUGCCAAAAUUAUUCCGCAGGCCGAAUAG